CACGUCAGACUGGAUGACAUUGUCGCAAGUAAUGGCACACACGCCAGUAACCUCAAUAUAACGGGUUAUUUAUCCUCUUGUGCAUUAAUUCAAGACUACCGAACGUGCUUUUUUGUUAUUAUGGACAACAUGUCUUCUACUACUGCGGGUUUCGACGAGGAGAUGCAGCAGCAAGGCGCACAGGUCUCUCCCACUCAGAUACCCAACCUCAGGACCUACAUCCCCACGGAGGAGGAGAGGAGGGUGAUGAAAGAAUGUCGUACGGAGAGUUUAAUUUACCGAGAGUUGCCCCUUGCUGCGGUGGGCGCUGCCGUGGGUCAUGCCCUUGUUGUCAAAGGGUUUCUCUCUGCAUCUCCGAAGGUUGGAUCUUUACACAAAGUGGCCUUUGGGGCCCUUUUUGGCUUCAUGUGGGGGCUGGUCUCCUACAUCCCGACGUGUCAGGAGAAGAUCAAGAAGUUGGACAACUCUCCGUUAGCGAUGGUUUUGAGACGGCAGCCUUCUGAGUCAGAGAUGAGCGACCCCGACGCCCCCAGCUUUGACGCCAUGUUCCAGCCAGCAGAAGACACCAAUCAGACACCACAGCGAGGAUAUCCAAGAAGGAGUGUGGACUUUAACGCGCCAGUCCAGACUGACAUGGAGGGCGACGUCCCCAAGAGGAAGGCCACCCUCUAUGAAGACCUGCGGCUCAAAAACCGAGAGAACUACGAGGUGAUGCAGGCUCAAAAGACGGAGACGCCCCUUAAAGCCCCGCCUGAGAAGGAGUGGGAAAGACCGACCAAGAACGUGAAGACAAACAGCUACGGAGACACCUGGGAAGAAUGAGUCAGGUGACACUACCUCAGCGGCCAUUACUCACUUUGAAGGGACUCGCGUGUUGACUUUGUCUUUGCAAAUUAAACCAAAGUGCUAACGUU